CGGGGAAGGAAGCUGCCAGCCAAUUCAAAGAAGUUCACUCGUAAGUUGUGCAGCGAGGAGCCGCGGAGACUGCCAGACAUCGUGAAAACAACUUUUGGGGGCUGAGUGGCGGGUGGGCGGCGUGGGAGUGGCCUGCAGCGGCCGUGUCCGGUUUUAAACCCACACGUGGUCGGCGUCUUGAGCUCACUUACCAGAAACUUCUGCCCCCGUUCGGCUCAUGCCCCACAUCGGGCCGCGUUUAUCGCUGCGGGAGCGGGCGGGAGCGACGCUGAGAGCUCGGCGACCGCCAUGCUGUCUUACCACCUCGACGAGAUGAUGUGCAAGCAAUUACUGACCCCCGACCCGAGAGAGCAGCACAGUCCGCUGUCAUCGCUCAGCUUAGCAAUGAAGACACCAGGCUACAUCGGACGUAGUUGCAACACAUCCUCGUCUCUCGACGCCAGGCCUCCAGACAAUGUCGGUCUGUCCUCCGCUACUUGGGGCCAGUGGCCAGAGAGCCACCAGGCUUCCCUUCCUCCCAAUUCCAGCCAGUGGCGUAAGCAGCGCUUCCUGUCCCAGCGCUCAGUCAGCAUGGUGGAGACCUGCAGCGGCACGGCAGCCAGUCUGGGCUGGCCGGAUUCAGACCCGAAGGACUGCCAAGAAGGCAUCGCCUCCACCGUGCUGAACCCCAGCGUGUCCGCAGCCGCUUCCACCGCUUCCUCCACCUCGACCCGCUACAAGACAGAGCUUUGCCGUUCCUUCACAGAGAACGGUAUGUGCAAGUAUGGCGGGAAGUGUCAAUUUGCCCACGGGCCUGAGGAGCUGCGGGAUCUCAGCAGGCAUCCGAAGUAUAAAACCGAACAGUGCCGCACCUUCCACACCAUCGGCUUUUGUCCCUACGGGAUCCGAUGCCACUUUGUCCACAACAACGAGGAGGAGAAAAAUCAGUCGCCAUCAUCCUCUUCCUCGUCUCUAAGCCUGGCACCCCUGUCUCUUCCCUCCACGCGCUCCCACAAAGUUCCUCUCAUCAGACAGAGCGUCAGCUUUGCGGGAUUUCCUUCCGCUCCCCAGCAAACCCUCGCUCCGUAUCCCCCCUCUGCCUUUUUCUCACGAGCCGCAUCUGCCUCUCCUCCAUGUGCUGAUAUCACCAAUCUCCUCUCGAACGUCUUCUUGGAUAUGGACUCCGCUACCUUUGAGGCCUCCCCUGCCCCCCAGUUCCAGCCCCCCGCUGCCGCAGAUCCACGCUCUACCUUCCUGCCCUCCCCAGACUCCGGCUGUUCCCCUUCUGGCCUGUCUCCGUCUGCGUCUCCAUCCCUGAGGCAAAGCCCUGGCGCCCCUGCGUUCUUUUCACAGCCGCUCGGUACCAGAUCCCUGUCUUACGCGUCUCUUUCGGAUCAGGAUCAGGACGGGAGCAGCUCGGCGAGCUCGCUCAGUGGAUUGGAGUCCUGCGGCGCCGUCAAUGACGGCAAACGUCUCGCCGUUUUCAGUCAGCUCUCAGUUCCCGAAGAAAACGCCGGGAUCUGCCUUUAGGCUUGACCACAUUACACACACCCAAAUUCUCUUGACAUCCAUAUAAAUGAUUCAUUAAGUGCCAUUUUGCAGAAAGGUUUUCCUAAGGACUGCAAAAAGACAGUUGAAGCCGAAGUGCUAAGAAUCGCGCCGAGAUUAACGUACACGUCGAAGCCAAAGACCUUACAUUU